UUUAAUUUUUCCGUCGCAUUCAUUAUUUAACAUGCUCAAUCGGAUUGCCGUGUGCCGCGAAUGAAUUAGAGAAUCGUUGUGAUAGGAUUAUUGGUGUCGUGGACGAGUUAGAAGUUACGCAAAUCCUUAGAAUUUCCAUAUAUUGAUUUUCCCCGUGUUAAAAUAAGACCUUUCACUUAUUCCAUCUUGGCGGUGCGGUUGGUUUCCUUAAGUCGAUAGUUGUGGUCCAAGUGCUUGUUUCGUUUUACGAUCGGUGCAAAAUGAAUCGCCUGGGGCAGAUCAAACUACCCCCAUUAUCCGCGGCGGUGAACGUCGCCAGUCAGUUGAAGAAUCAGAUCAUACCCAGCAGGGGACAGCAAGAAGAAGGCAGGGAACGUGUACACUUCGCGCAAUUAAAUCAAAAUCACACUUCACAUGGGGGAACCGAUGAGCACCACGAAAUGAGCAACAUGAGAACGAGCACGAAUCCGUUCCUGAGUAUGAAUCAGGAGGGUAUGCCGGCCGAAGACAGCUUCAACGAAGGCGGCGGGUAUCAGACGGUCACGGGCCCCAGCAGGAUGUCCUCAGUGGAUUUUUCUGAAGGCUCCGAUUUCGUCGAGGGCAAAUGCGACAUCAAGAUCAACGAGUAUCAGGCUGCUUGGAAUGUCACCAAUGCCAUUCAGGGAAUGUUUAUAGUGUCUCUCCCAUUUGCCGUGCUACGAGGAGGAUAUUGGGCCAUAGCUGCAAUGGUGGGCAUUGCCUACAUCUGUUGCUACACCGGAAAAAUCCUUGUUGAAUGUUUGUACGAGUUCGACGUUCAAACUGGUAAACAAGUUCGAGUCAGAGAUUCCUACGUAUCCAUAGCUAAAGAAUGUUUUGGAAAAAAGUACGGAUCGAAAGUAGUAAACGUUGCUCAAAUCAUUGAGCUUUUGAUGACAUGCAUUUUGUAUGUUGUUGUCUGCGGCGAUUUGAUGAUUGGAACUUUUCCCGAAGGAGCUAUUGACACCAGAUCCUGGAUGAUGUUGGUUGGAAUACUCUUGAUUCCUCUAGGUUUCCUAAAAUCUCUGAAGAGUGUCAGUAUAUUAUCGUUCUGGUGCACCAUGUCUCACAUCUUCAUCAACGCUAUUAUCAUCGGUUACUGUGUUUUGUACAUCGGUGACUGGGGCUGGUCGAAAGUGAAAUGGUCUUUUGACACAGAAAACUUCCCUAUUAGUUUGGGAGUCAUCGUGUUCUCCUACACGUCGCAAAUCUUCCUGCCCACUCUGGAGGGCAACAUGGAGGACCCGUCGAAGUUCCAGUGGAUGUUGGACUGGUCACAUGUAUGGGCGGCCGUUUUUAAGGCAUUAUUCGGCUACAUUUGCUUCUUAACGUUCCAAAAUGACACUCAACAAGUUAUCACCAACAAUUUACCUUCUGCGGGAUUCAAAGGAUUGGUCAAUGUUUGUUUGGUGGUCAAGGCCUUGCUCAGUUAUCCUCUACCAUAUUAUGCAGCAUGUGAACUACUGGAACGAUCAUUUUUCCGUGGACGUCCCAAGACCCCGUUUCCCACGAUUUGGGCCCUGGAUGGUGAAUUGAAAGUUUGGGGCUUGGCUUGGCGGGUUGGAAUUGUUGUCUUUACAAUACUCAUGGCCUGUUUCAUUCCCCACUUUUCAAUUCUGAUGGGUUUUAUUGGCAGUUUUACUGGUACCAUGUUGAGCUUCAUAUGGCCCUGCUACUUCCAUUUGAAGUUGAAGCGAGAAACGAUGGAUACAAGAGGCAUAGCUUUCGACUAUUUUAUUAUAUCUUUGGGAUUUUUAUUUGGUAUAAUCGGAAUUUACGAUUCAGGUAAUGCAUUAGCCAAAGCUUUUGCUAUCGGUCUUCCAUUUUAAAUAUGUGAAUACGAAUAUUGUUAAUAUACAAAUCCUUAAUGUAAGUGUCCCUCAAGAUAUUUUAAGUGUUUAUAUUAGGACUUGUUCAGUUGAGAUAAUUAUACAUUAAAAUAUUUUUGAACAAAUAUUUGAGAAUAUUGCAAGUAACAAAUAAAAAAAGUAAAUGCCUAAUGGUGCUACAACCAAACUUUUUGAAUUUUGUUAUACAUUUGUGUAUAAAAUAUAUUUAUAUGCACAUGCAUUCAUAAUUUUUACAAUAGUACGAUAUUUAUACAACAUUUGAAAAGAACUUUUCAAGUUCAAUUGAUUUAACAAACAAGUAGGUUCCAAGUUUAAAAUAGAACAUAAACAGAUGCAGAUAAAAAUCUGCGAUAUAUUUUAUAAAAUUCGGUUAGAAUAUUCGCCGAACUUAUCAAUAAAUUAUCUCCACUGAAUAAUUCGAUUCAUCGUAAGUUAGUGUAAAUGACAAUAAGAUGCAAUUUAUCUUAAAAUUUGAAAAAUUGUAUACUGUGUAAUAUUAUUCGGAAAGGUCAACGAAGUCUUCCCAUUGUUGAAAUUUUGCCUUUUAAAUGAACAAAAACUGGAAAAUGUGAAUUAAGUCUUCCACAUUAGAAAGAUAAGAAAAGUAGUUAUUCUAUUUUAUAAAGAUUGAAUUAUUUAUUAAAAUUCGUUGUGAAUCUAGAGCUUCCAAAUUUCCACCAUGUACUUUUGUACGUAUGGAAUUUUGAUAAUGAUUGGUGAAAUAAUGAUUAUACAAUAUUAAAUACAGAUAAUUUUAAGAAUGAAAUAUAAAAACCGAAUAUGUCAAUUAUAUUUAAAAAAUUCAAAAUCAAUUAUUAACUGUUUUAAAUUUAAUUUGAUGGCAAUAACACACAAUUCUGUCUAUUUUCCAAUCACUAUCAAAAUAAUAACAAUAUAAUUAUAUCAAGCAAUAAACUGUUAAAAAUACGUACAAAUUUUAGAAGUAAAAUUGAAAUUUUGUUCAUACACACUGCCAAUAGAAAACAUAUUGGUAAAUUCUUUUCCCUUUUGAUGAAAACCAUUAAGUGCAGAAUUUUCAACCCCACAUAUCAAUCCAAGCGUUUGAUGUCAUAUCAAAAAACACAUAAAAAUAUUUGCCUCUUCUUUUUAUUGGCAGUUCUUGUUUAUAAAAUAUCAAAUUAGGUACCGACCAUUAAAAAUAUUUCGUGGUCUGUUUUCAGAAGAAAUUAUAAUGUAUAUACUAAAAAACCUUUUUCGACAAGUUAUAUAUAUAAUAUUGUACUUCUGGAAAGUCUAAAUUUAAAACGGACGUCAGCCAGAAUAUAUGUGAAUUAUUAUUUUAAAUAAUUUAUUUUCGUGUACCAAUUAUUUCACAGUUUUGGCUUGCGCCUAAAAAUGUUAUAGUUGUAAAUUGAUGAUGUACCAUUGAUGGAAGUAUACUUGAAUAUUUUCCAGAUGGUACUGUUUCAAGUCUUGUAAUAAACGAUGUCUUCCAUUUAGUCUGAGGUAAAAUGUCUUCCAACUAUUUGCUGUUUGUAACUGUAAUCUAUAAGAUAAAUGUGAAAUUUAUUUCUAUUCUUUGCUAUUUAUAUUAUAGUUAGAGUACUGUUAUACAUUAUUGAAGUGUGAUUUUUUUACAUUGUGUUGGAUGUAUCUGUGUUUAUAGGUACAUUUUUAUAUAAUACAAUAUGAUAUAUACAAUAUUUUACAGCCAAGAGUAUAAUAAAUAUAACGGAUUAGUAAAAACCAAAAUUUGUUUAUUCAAUUUAUGUACUGUGAUAUUUUACAAUUGACUUUAUUUCAUAAGUAAAUAUAAAUACAUCCAAUUGUUAUAUAUUAUAAAAAUUCACGUUUGAUUGUUUAGCGAAUGUUAGUAGGGCCUCAUAUUUUAAAAUCAUUAGAAAUUUUAUACAUAUCAUUGUAUUGUAAACAUGAUAGUGUAAUUGUAAAAUUGUUAUGUGAAACACACAUAGUUGUUGGAGAUUGUAUAAAAUGUGUAAAAUUAAUAAAAUGUAGUCACUUUAAUAA